AUGAGGAUGGCAGCGAAUAAGUGUGGACCCGUGAUAACAGAUAACAACAACUACAUCAUUGAUUGGGCAUUCGAGAAGAAUAAGCCACAUGAUUGGAAAGAAAUCCAACUCAGACUCGCUAACACACCAGGUAAGAUAUGGACUCUAAGGAUAAUUGUACUCUACAACAAAGAAGGAGAACUUUUUUCUGUUGGUAAUGUUUGCAUCGUAGAAGGGAUGGUACUGUGA